AUGAGCAAGCUAGAAAAAUUAGUACAAGAGAGAGCAUCACAAAAAACCAUUAAUGAUUAUUGUACUAAAUAUGGUUUAAGUGCAACACAAAUUGUGAAUGAAAUUAUUUUGUGCUGGGUAGCUGUUGCAAAAGCAUCCUGUUUAAGUUUCAGUUUUACCUUUACCGAGCAAACCUAUAUGGAAUUAGAUGAAGGCAAGGAUAGCUGCUUUCAAUAUAUUGGACAAGGUUUUCAAAAGUUUACAACAGAUCCAUUACUUCAACCUAUAUUAUCAGAUUGGCAUAUGGCACAGAAUAUUCAAGAAAAAGAUACGAAUGUUAUUA